GUGGAGGACCUGUAACAGAAAUAUCGUGUCGUAUCAUCCUUGACCGAGAUUGUCGCAUCCGUGUCAAAUCAAAUACCUCAGAUACCGAGACAGACGACGAUUCUCCUGGAUCUCAUGCAUGUUGCGAGGAAUGGAUUGAUUUUAUGUUGUAUCUUACAUUUUUGUCUAUCAGAGAGAAAGAGAUAGAUAGAUACAAAAAGAGAGGUGGAACAAGAGAGAAAGGGAAAGAGAAAAGAGGACGAAAGAGAGAUAUCUCCAUCGCUCGGCCCUGCCUUCGGCCUUUUUCGGCUCGCACUUGCACGCUAACCAGAUUGCAGCUGUUCGAAGAACAGUUCCUCGUGCGGUAUAAAACACAAGAACGCGUUCUUUGUUCGGGAAAAGGAAAACAGGGCUCCCACGCGCGAAUCGUACGGGUAUUCUCGCUAGAAUUCACGAGGAAGCGUGAAUUUUCGGAGCACACACGACGAGCAGCCGGUAGCGUAGUAGGAGCAGAUGACGAUGCCGUGAGCAUUGUGAGAGGGCAGCGACCAAUGGGCGCACGCGUUAUACGAGCGGCAGCGACGGACCGUCUUGUAAGCCGCGAGCGGAUUGGUCGCCGAGCCGGGCUCCACCACCGGCGAUCAUAACGAACGCGAGGAGCGUGCGGAGCGUGGAAUGAUCGCAGUUUGAAUGAGUGCGGUCGUGAGCGCGUGGUGAAACUGACAGCGUGGUGAUCCACAUUUUAUUUUUUUUUCUUCUUUUUUUUCUUUUUUUUCUCUUACGACGAAUCGCGGGUAGCCUCCCCUUUUUCCUCGCGCGACACCUCGAUUCCUUUUGUCCGCGUGUGCGCGAUUUCGCGAUGAUGCCGCGCGUCGCGAUGAAGGCCAUGCAGAAGCUGCACUAUGACGCGUACAACAUGCAGAACGAAGAACUGAGCUGGAGCUGCCGCACUGACAAUAACUCCGACUGCGACGUCGGCAACUCGUCCGCGGACGACUUUGGCACGCCGCCCCCGCUGCAGCCGCGUAAGCUCUUCGAGACGAUGGACUGCACCGACGAGAGUCAGUCAACCAACAAUAACAGGAUUUCUCCUUCAGAAGGUACUCCAGCCAUUAAGAUUCCUGUCGUCAGUCGUAAAGAUGAUGGUUCUGAGAAGACAUGUAGUCCACCCUACAAAUGUGUCAGGGCUUUACGCUUAUUUGAUUCGCCUACUACUCCUAAAACUAUGAUAGAAAAGAAUAUAGUGAUGCAGACUCCAUUUCCAUCUAAAUGUACCAGACUUUUUCCCCUAGACAAACCUAGACCUUCUAAAAUAAGUCCUGGUUACCAAAAUAAAUCCGACAAACCUGUGGUAAAUGUAAAUCCAUUUACACCUACUGGCAUGUUAAUAACAGCAAAGAAAAGAAGCAGAUCCAAACGUAGUCUCAAUGGUAGUAUUGGUAGCUCACCGGACAUGCAAAAACCAAAGUUUGAUCUCGCCGAUUCUGAGGAUUCGGACAAUGAAUACGAGCACGCGACAAAGCGCAUGGCGCUGCAAGAUUCAAAUAUAUCGCGAUAUCACAAAGAAUUCCACGAACUCGGUUUGAUUGGGAGCGGCACGUUCGGCUCCGUGUUCAAGUGCAUCAAUCGGCUAGACGGAUGUACGUAUGCCGUUAAGAGGAGCCGGAAACCGAUAGCGGGUGUCGUCAGCGAAUCCAACGCACUGAAUGAGGUAUACGCUCACGCUGUGCUCGGCAAACAUCAACACGUAGUACGCUACUAUUCUGCUUGGGCAGAGGACAGUCACAUGAUCAUCCAAAACGAGUACUGCAACGGCGGCAGUCUUGCUGAUGUGAUUGCUAAUCUUGAGAAAGAGAAAAAGCAAUUUAGCAAGGCGGAGAUGCGCCAGCUGCUGCUGCAUGUAGCCGAGGGGCUAAAAUACAUACACAGUAUGCAACUGGUGCAUAUGGACAUCAAACCCGCGAAUAUAUUCAUCUCCAGGGAAGGAAAAUUACCAUCGAGCAAUUACGAUUCCGCCGACGACGGUUUCGAGGAGGACGAAACUGUCGACGAGAUCACAUAUAAGAUUGGCGACCUUGGCCAUGUCACUUCCAUCAACAAUCCGCAUGUGGAGGAAGGUGAUUGCAGAUACCUGCCAAUGGAAGUCCUACAGGAUGAAUACAGUCAUCUACCAAAGGCUGAUAUCUUCGCUUUAGGAUUGACCGCUUACGAAGCGGGCGGCGCCGGACCUAUGCCGAAAAACGGAUUCGAAUGGCAUAGAUUGCGAGAAGGAAAUGUACCAGAUUUACCGCUUUAUGGUCGCGAUCUUAACAAUUUAUUGAAGAUAAUGACUCAUCCCGAUCCGCAAAUAAGGCCAUCAGCAACUUGCUUGACACAACAUAGAGCUUUACUACCGCUCGGGAAUAAAACUAAAGCGCAAUUGCGAAGGGAAUUAAGUUUGGAGAAAUUAAAAAACGAGAUUUUAACAAAGCGGUUAAAGGAUGCGGCGAUAUUUCUGAAAAAUAUCGCGCCGAGUGUCACUGAUAAUUCCGACAAACAAUUGCGAACGCGACCUCGCGUCAUAGGCAAAAAAAUCAAUCGUAGUAACAGCGCUAUAUAAUACUGUUACACUGUAUAGUGCUACAACGAACAGCACUUGUAUAUAGAUGGAGAAGUAUUGGUGUAUAGAGCGUAUGUUAAAUGGUGAACAAUUUUUACAUGUGGGAAGCGAAAAAUAUUGGCUUUAAUACUCGAUUCAACGUUAUUCACGCACACUUGGUACUUUUCUUCUCACUCAUAUGCCUAUAAUAUUAUUUUACAAAUAUCUAGGGUACCAUCGCAACUAGAUAGAUUGUAAUUAUCACUGACAUUUAAAGUUGUCGCGUCAUCUAAUCGUUUAGUUAUAAUCAUGUUCAUUACUGCAAGUUUCGUUAGAUUUCCUUCAUGUCGUGAUGUAAACUGCGGUCUUUUUCUCGUUGGAAUUGUAGUUGGUUGAGUCAUAAUUGAUCGAAAGUAACUUUUUCCUUAGAUACAAAGAUAGUUUUAUAUUUCACAUAUAUAGAGUGCACUAAUUGUAUAAGUUUUAUAUUUUAUAGAUAUAUACUAGUGCACUCUAAUUGUAUAUUAUCAGCAUGCUUUCAGUAUUUGGCAUAUUUCAAAAUUACAUUAAUUUCACUUUGCAUGUGCUUGGAAAAGAGAGAAGAAAAAGCGCCAUUUGUUAAAACUUAUUCUAAGAAAUAAUAAAAGAAAAA